UGGCGUCUGGGCGGGAAGUGGGAGCGACUGGCUGCGGGGACGGGCGCCCGGGCCCUCGCGUACUUCCUCGGGGGGUCCGCGAUGCCGAAGAAAGCCGGUGCGGCGAGCAAGGGCAAGAGCCAGGACCCCACCCCGCCGCCACCCCGAGGGCCAGUGUCCGUCGACCCCAAAGGCUGUGUCACUAUCGCCAUCCACGCCAAGCCUGGCGCCAGGCUGAACGCCGUUGCAGAUCUGACUACUGAGGCCUUGAGCGUGGCUAUCGCGGCUCCUCCAAGUGAGGGAGAGGCGAAUGCUGAGCUCUGCCGCUUCCUCUCCAAGGUCCUGGAGCUCAGGAAGAGCGAUGUAGUUUUAGAGAAGGGCAGUAAAUCUCGUGAAAAGGUGGUGAAGCUUUUGGCCCCCACAACACCAGAAGAAGUCUUGGAGAAGUUAAAAAAGCAAGUUGAAAAAGAAUAAGAUCAAGAAAUGGAAACUUCAUUUCCUCACAACUGUUCCCUGCUGAGAAUAGAGCUGCUAGGUAGAAAGAUGUUAAACAGAAGUUAUAAACGUGUUAUUCCAGAAUAUCGGCCCCAGAAUCUCUGAUCCCAAACAACUUGGAACCUCUUAGCUUGGUCCUGCAGCCUUAUAAAGCUGCCAAAUGGGAAGGACAUAGAUGAUCCACAGAUCCCCUUUGUUCACUGGUGGACCAAGGGUCUUGCUCAUCUCUUUGGCAAAUGAGAACAGGAUUUCCACAGUGCUUCUGGAAUCCUGGGGCUGUCUUUGUGACAGAAGAAUACAGAAAUAUUUCUGGUGCUUUUGAA